AUGCAAGUUAUCCGCUCUAUCACCCCGGCUCGUCUCAUCGUUUCUCGCACAACCGUACCAAUGAUCACUCGGUACUACUCUCCCAACAGUAGGCAAGAAGGAGCUACCGCUUCUUCCACUGGUUUCCGCAAGCGCGAGGAAGCAGCGGAAAAUGAGUAUAUCAGGAAGAAAGAAUUGGCUGAACUUGAAGCUCUCAAGAAACAAGCCGAAGAACUCAAUGCUAAGGUUGCGAAUACCAACGCUACUUCACGAAAGAAAAAGAAGACCAAAACCCCAACUCCCAGUCGAUCAUAUGGUCCGAUACCUGAACCGUUCUUGGCUCUUGCUCCUUCUCCCGUCACAUCCCGUCCUUCCUCAGAGCUAUAUGCUGCGCCUGUAGCUUCUAGCUCAACUCUCGUUCUUCCCUCCACUUACACUCGUCCAGGUCAGAACUCUUCUCCAGGUCCUUCUACUCAAGUCCUGCGCCCGCUGGAAGGUACAAGUAGACGUCAUGCUGCCGGAUUACUUUCACCUCCUGCCAUUAUGCCUGGUAAUCAGCCGUCUGGACUGCAAGUCCCACCAACUUGUCAGCGUCGUCGUUCUGCCGAAAGAGUAGGUAGGCCCAUCGGUUGGGGCGAAGGCAGAGGAAGAAGUGAAGAGUAUCUCAGAGAUGUGAUGUCUGGUAAUCAUAGUAAUACUUCUUUGGGACAACUGGGACAAAUAGUCGAGAAUGACAAUCAAGCUUCCGCGCCUGCGCAGAGGAGAAGAAGGAGGAUCGUCAGGGAUGACGGAGGAUUGUCGAGGAGACCGACUGUCACUUCGAGAGAGGAAGGACGUGCCAUAGGAUUGGCAAGAGGUGCAAGUAUGAGAAGGUUCAAUGUAUGGGACGAUGUACCAGAAGCUGAAGAUCCACCUCCGCCUUUUCCUUUUCCUACGACUUCGACGAAUCGGUUACCCCCUACCUUCUCCCCUGAAGAGCCACCAAUCACCGAGCCAUCUACUUCGACCUCGGUCGCUCAGCCUGACCCGACUACAGCAGAACGCCCACGAUCACCGCCACCUUCGUUCGAACAAGCCAUCCGCGAGGCGUCACCAUCAGCAGUUCCCAACCUGCCGCUUACAACAUCUACACAAGAGGACGAAGGGUGCGUCAGUACUUUAGUCAAUGAGACUUCGCCGAAUCUUCCUUCUGGCCCACCUGAAUUGAUAGUCUCCCAGGUUGAUGACAGCCAAGCUUCUAGUCGCUCCUCGUCACCGGAGUCGGAAUAUCUCUCAGCGAUUGGAUCAGUCACUGCGUUGAGUCUGGAUGAUGUCCCCAUGACAGUAGAGGAGAGGGAAGAUAGAAAAUUAUGGAAUGCCGACAUCCUGGCGGGGUACACUUUGGAAGAAAGGGUGUUCAGGGAGAUGGCAAGACGGAGGUCGGUGGAAGAUGCCAGUAUGCCCCGUGGUGAACAUGGCAGUCCUCCAUUACCCGUUGCUCAGGCAGAUAGGUCUGGACAGGCUACACCAAUGCCCCCGACAACGGACCAGCCACAGGCGGUGGAUGAGCGGGAAGAGCUUGAGCGACCGUCGACGCAGACAUCGGCGUCGCCAGGUACUUCUUCCAGCCCAGCAGGUCCUGCAAAUGACUCGCCUGAACCACCUGCCGUCGCCGUCAACGACGAUAUGCUACCCGUUUCAUCUCCACCUGAGGCCCACUCCCAAGAUGUAGUCCGGGCACAUGGGCCCGAGUCCAUCCCUCUUACUUCUUCGUCUACCACACCCACACCCACACCCUUACCCACACAUCAGAUCUCAACUCCCGAGCUGAGUCUCCCCGACCUGCCCUCACCCUUGGUGAUCACUCCCACGAGUUUUGUGCUUCCUCGACGGCCUCUCUUCUCCACCGCUGGCUCUGAGGUCUCACCUAAUAUCACACAAAAUCAGCUUCCACUUUCACAUCUUGGUCAGACCAGUGACAGCUCAUCUCAGCUCUUUGAGCCAUCUCGGGAUGUACCUCACAGCACUUCGUCAGCUCGAUCUUCAUCAGCUGCCCGACCCUUUGCUUCCGAUGGACAAGUCGUGGGCAUACGUCUCAUCUACGAUCGCCCACGUCCUGCUGAGUCGAGCAAAAGCGUUGUCCGGGAACCGACGUUACCUCCUCAUAGGGAAGCAGCGAUGAAGCGUCGAAAUUUGCCUUUGGGACCUUUUCGACCAUCUGACACUCCGCUCGAUUCUUCCGAUGAGGUCAAUGGCGAAACCUCAUCUACUCGGGGACCUCUUAUCGACUUUUCCGAUACGCAACAGGAGACUUCGAUGGUGCAUGAUCCCUCGCUCGUCGGACUAGCCUCUUCGUCUCUUGACCUCUUACACCUUCUCGAGGACGAUCGACCAUCUGGCGUAGCUACAUCGUCCCAUCUGCAGGAACCACCAUCCGUGUCCUCUAGGAUUGCAGGUAAACGUCGUCCACCUCCACCCCCGCCGCUCCGUACGAAUCGUUCUGAAGAAGUACCAGUGACUCGAAAACCAUCAAUCAUCUCCACCGCUGAUUCACCUAUCACUCCUCGUCCCGUUCAGAAAUCCACACCAUCCCCACAAACCUCUUCCAUUGCAGGUGCCCCGACUCUUCCGACUCGUCGACCUCCUCCUCAACCUCCCAGACCUUCAGAUUCCCAUUCAGGUACCUCUCGUCCACCCGCACCAUCUCCACCACCGGCUUUUGUACCACGUCCUCAACUUCACUCGGCCAUUUCGGGUACAUCAUCCGUUUCUGCUCUUUCGGAUAAACCCUCAACUCCAAAGUUGCCUAUCACGUGGACGAGUUCAAAUCCGUUAACAAGAAGUUUGGCUCGUCCGAAAGGUCCACGUCCUCCACCCGUCCCACCAAGACCUAGAGGUUGGAAUAGAUCAGUGGUCGUACAAGGUGAUCAACCGUCAUCAUCGGAAGAAACGGUGAGUCCUGAUAGACGACGACCCUUGGGUGAUAGGACCAAUUCAGAGAAUCCCUUGGGAAGUACUGGGGAAUUCUCACCGAGUUUACCUAGAUCAAGGAGUGAGAUGAACAUACCUGCUAGAGGUGUUAGAAGUGGAUCUAUGGAGUAUACGGAUCUGGAUGUUUUCGUAGCGAGACUGGAAGGUAGUGGGAGAGAGUAUGAGGGCUUUUCACAAAUCAUAAACUUCCUUGGACCCGCAAUGAAACCCGAAGCCACCCCUGAAGCUCUUUCCACACUCUUACCAGGUCUCAUCAAUGUCGAUUCUCGUCGUAUUACCCGAGAAGGCAAGGUCAAAUUGAAACUGUCUCUUUUAGGUGCAAGAGUAUCUAAAUGUCCUAUUUGUCUUGCACAGUUUAGGGCCAAUGAGAAAGGUGUCUUGUUACCUUUAUGUGGACAUGUAGCUCAUGAGACGUGUGCAGAGAGAUGGUUUAGGGAAGAUGACCGAUGUUUUGUUUGUCGACAGAAAUUGAAGGAAGAGGGGGAGAUAUGAGGGGGGUGGUCAGUCGUUUCGUCGUUCGCAAGCUAUCGCCUCGUCAUCAACAAAUAAUCCAUGUUAAGAAUGAACAAGACACCACGACUAGAUCUUCCCCGUCCCUCUCCUUGAUGGUGAGGAAGAUGACCUGUUUCAUGAUGGAUGUCUUCGGGAAUAUGAUGAAUUGAUUUCGAAUUCGGUGUUGGGAGUUGAACGACGCGAUGGACGGUACGAGAAUUGACUGGAUUUUGUAUCUAUCGGAAGUAAUGUAGCAUGGGUGAUGUAUCAUGAAAUGCCAAAUUUUG